CCUACCAACGAGACACAAGGAUUUUUCUUUGCCACUCUGUGCAGGCAAGCUCUGUUUCUCACUGUGUGUAUGCGAGGAGAGGAGGUUUGAAGAGUAUUGGAAAUGGAAGCAACGGCGUCGUUUUUACGUAACAAAUACUGGGUUUUGAGGCACGGCAAGAGCAUUCCAAAUGAAAGAGGCCUCAUUGUUUCAUCCAUGGAAAAUGGUACUAACCCAGAAUAUGAAUUGGCGUCAGAAGGUGUAAAUCAGGCACAGUUGGCUGGAGAAUUGUUCCAAAAGGAGCUGAAGGAAAAUAACAUUCCACUUGAAAAUGUUAGAAUUUGUUACUCUCCAUUUUCAAGAACUGCUCACACUGCGAAAGUUGUUGCUUCUGUCCUGAACAUCCCAUUUGAAGGCGCUCAAUGUAAGGUAAUAGAAGAUCUAAAAGAACGAUACUUUGGUCCGACGUUUGAACUUAUGUCACAUGACAAAUAUACGGAGAUAUGGGAUCUUGAUGAGAAAGACCCAUUCAUGAGGCCAGAAGGUGGAGAAUGCGUCAAUGAUGUUGUGUCUAGACUUGUAAGAGCUAUGACUACUAUGGAGUCGCAAUUUCGGGGUUGCACAAUCUUGGUUGUCAGCCACGGUGAUCCUCUGCAAAUCCUGCAAACAAUACUCAAUGCAGCUAAGAAACACACAGGAUCUAGCAGUGACUUGGAAUCAAUAAUUCAAGCUGUUAGAAUUCCUUCCAUAUUGUCACAGCAUCGGAAAUGUGCACUGCUUACAGGCGAACUCCGGGCACUUAUAUGAAUAGUAGCUGCAGCAUACAAGGAAAGCUAAAGACUAUGGCUGAGUGAAAAUUUACUCACUUUUACUAGAUUCCUCUGGCAGCCAUUUUUAUUUGGUAAAAAAUUCAAUCCACUUAUUGGCAGGUGAACUUUGACAUUGUUGUCACUUCUGUCAUUGUUGCUGACAAUAAUGCAAAUUCAUGAUGUUCCAUUGUCACCUUAGAUCGUUUUGCUUAGACAUUGAUUUUGAAUGAUCAGAAGUAGUUGUUUUUAUCACAA